AAAUACAUACAACCCUAAAUUUUCGCUUCUACCACCUGCCCCUAUUUUUAUGGCGGUACGAAGUUUGCUGGGCUGAUAAAUAUAAUUAUCACACAUAUCAUAACACCAGUUGGUUUUUAUUUAUUUGUAAAUAUGAGAAGCUGUGUGAUCUGGAUUUGUUAGUAUUCAAAGCCAGUGUCUGUCUCUCUCGGCUUAAUGAUGCCCAGUCGAGAAGCCAGCGUGGCCACAUUCGCUAAAAAAUAAUUCUACUAAUUCGUUAUACACUAUCAAACUUCCACACGACUUAGAUAAAUACUGGCGAAUGUUAUUUUCGAUGAAUAACCUAAGUCCCACGUCAGGGAGUUGAUGGAGUUUAGUAUUCAGGGUCAGUAUCUGUCUCUCUCGGCUUGAUGAUGCCCAGACGAGUAGCCAGUGCGGCCACAUUAGCUCGCACUUCUUCCUGCACCAGGUUGAAGGACAUAGCCAGGAGAGCGAUCCCAAACAGGAGGUACAGGGAACACAGAGCUAUCGAAUGGACGGCAGCUGCUGAAUCUUCCAUAUUCUGACCCUGCGCAGGCACAAAGUCCCCGAAGCCUAUAGUAGUGAGUGUGAUGAAGCAGAAGUAAGCCGCGUCCAAGUACUCCCAGCUCUCCCAGCGUUUGAACAGGAAUGUCCCUGCCACUAUGUACGACGCUACCAGGAACACGCACAGCCAAAUUGGCACCGGUUUUAUCUCUUCUUUAACAGGAGCUUCUAUAGCAUAUAUUUCUGAUUGCCGAGAACCCCAACCAGGUUGCCGAUUUCUCCUUGGCAUCGCAACAACUUCAUCACUCCAGUCGUCUUGAUCGGGAGAUGGAGUAUAGUGUCUGUAGGAUCUUGCGGUAUCUUCCACUGUUUGUAGUCGCCGUAGACGGUGCGGAGUGGGGUCGUAUCGCCGGUCGUAGAACUCGUCCUCCCAGCGAGGCUCGGGGUCCACCAUGGCGCUGCGGGCUCGGCGACCGCGACGUCUCGAUGACAGCUCUGGAGGCUGCUCAUCGCGCUCGUAGUAUUCCGAACGACCGCGAUCAGCUCUCCAGUCAUAACGGGGUCUCCUAUACCGCGGACUCUCGAACUCAACAUCUUCAUCCUCUGGAUCGUAGCCGUGAUCUCGAACGUUGUAAUAAUCAUCUCGUUCCAUAAAUCUUCUGUCCCGCUCUUCUAGAGCUUUCUUUUCUCUAUAAUUCUCAAAGUCUACAUCUGAUAGAUCGUGCAUAUUCUUGGGCUCUUCGUCGUAAUGUCUUUGGUCGUCGAAAUCUCUUCUUGGCCCGAAGUCUGUCUUUGUUUUUGAUGGCCUCGGUAGAGAUUUGCUGCGAAGAUCACUCUUUGAAGUGAUUUUAUUUUGAUGAUCGUCCAGGUCUUUCAAUGCUGCUUCUAAGUCUUGGAGCGGCAAAGAUAUUUUCGGGAAUUCUGCCUGUUCGUCGUGGUAGUUAUUUCGACCGUAUCUUUCAUAUUGGACUGGUGAUACAUCUUCUGGGUCUAAAUCUUUAGCUCCAUACGCUCGUCCAUACACGGGCGGGGGUUGGGAGCGAGUUCGCGCCUGCGGCGGAGCAGGCGCGUGAGUUUGCGCGGCCACGCGGGGCCGGCGCGCCCGCCCACUGCUGUACCCGCUGUCUCGGUACCUGCAAUCAGUAUCUGAGUGUGCGCGUUCGAUGGGCCGCCGGCGACGCGUCGACCCGCGACUGCUGGCACCCCUCACCGACCGCCUGGUGUUAUAUUGGUGAUGUCGAUGGCGUCGUUUCGGAGGUCUCGUGCACACGUAACAACACACCCUCCAAUACAAAAACCUAAAAGAUGAAGCCAUGACAUCACCAAUGUUGGAGAGACAGAGAAGCAUCAGGGGGAUGCCCAGAAUAGCAUAGAAGAUCGUCACCACCUUCCCUGUCUGCGUCUUGGGUGCGAUGUGUCCAUAACCUGGAACGAUAUAAAAUGA